AUGCGGUGGUCCAGGCGCAGCAGGCGAGGCAGGGUCGAAUCGCAGGGCCAGCGGGGCGGCUCGCCAGCCGGCGGGCGUCGCGAGGGGGAUGCCGAUCGGGGGGCUGGGCGGCCGGGAUGCGCGUGCUUCGGCUGGGGCCGCCGCUGGAGCGGGUGCCCCGGCGCCGGGAGGAGGUGGCGACCGGCCGGCGGUGAAGGCGAUCUGAUUGGCGGCUUGCUGAGCGGAUGCGGGGGUGAUGAGGAGGUGGAUAAGGACAAGAAGGUCUCCCCCCGGCCGAACUGGGACGCCCUGCCGAUGGGCGUCCUGGUCAUGGUCGGCGGCCUGGCCUCGCCGAUGGCCGCGCUGGGCCGCAUGCGUCUCGUCAACCGCCACUGGCGCGACACGAUUGACGACCUGGUCACGUCCCUGCGCCUCACAGACGCCAACCUCCCGGACGGCGACGUGGGGCCGAUCUUCGCGUCCAUGAACUCCAAGUUCCCGCGGUUGCGGCGGAUGGAGCUCAGCGCGCGGCGCCUCGAGGCCGACGAUCUGGGCCACCUGUCGUGCCUGGCGAGGCUCACCGAUCUCCGGCUGUGCUGCGCCCGGGGGGGGUCCCUGGGCCUGCACCACCUCGCCCCGCUCUCACGCCUUGUCUCCCUGACUCUGGUGGUCGGCCGGAUGGGCAACGAUGACGUCGAGCACCUGACGCGCCUGACUGCCCUCACGGCGCUCACGCUGAGCCACUCCUCGCCGCGGCAGCGCCCGCCGGACCCCGUGUCCUGGAUCCUGCGCAGGUCGGUGCCGUUUUCGCGCAUGGCGGGCCCCAUGUCCGCCGCGGGCACCAACAUCGGCAAUGGGGGGAUGGCCCACCUGGGCCGCAUGCCGAGCCUGACAUCGCUGGCGAUGAGCGGCCUGCAGAUCGGCAGCGGCGGGGUGGGCUACCUCUCGCGCGCACUGCGCGUGACCGCCCUCGGGUUGGCCCACACGCAGCUGGGCAACGACAGCAUGGAGUUCCUCUCCAGGAUGAGUCAGCUAACGAGGCUCGACCUGACGGGCACGGAGAUGGGGGGUGAUGGGCAACGGCAGCUGUCGCGGCUGACUCGGCUGCGGUCGCUGAGUCUUCGGGACACGGUGAUCGGUGAUUGGGUUGUCGAGGGCCUGACGGGGCUCACGGACCUCGCCGCAUUGGAUUUGAGCGGAACCGGUGUCGGGGAUAGGGUGUUGGAUUCGCUGGAGGGGAUGGCCAGCCUGACGGCGGUGGGCCUGGGGGGGGCGUGCAUCAGCGGCGAGGGCUGGGCGCGGCUGGCUCGCGGCGGAGGCCUGAGGAGUCUGGGGGCGCCGUUCGGCGGGGUGGGAAGGGGCUGGGAGGAGGGGGAGUGGGUGCAUGGGGAGAGGUCGGAGGGGUGA